AUGGGUUUCUAUUUGCCAGGAGUUGUUCCAACUAAGAAAUUUCUUCGACGAUCUUUGUCUAACUCGAGCAAAGGAGCAUCAAAUAAUGUCGUUCAUGUCCCGAAAGGCCAUUUAGCUGUUUAUGUUGGGAAGAACGAAAAGAAACGGUUUGUGAUUCCUUUGUCAAUUUUAAGUCAUUAUUCAUUUCAAGAGUUGUUAGUUCAAGCUGAAGACGAAUAUGGAUAUGAUCAUCCAAUGGGAGGCCUCACAAUUCCAUGCAGAGAAGAUAUAUUUAUUGAUCUCAUAUCAAAUCUGAAUUAA